UCAUGGACGAGCCUGGGACAUGGCUGUGCGACACACACUGCUCCUGUCUCUGGUUUUACUCUUACACCACACGGUCCGUGCGGCCAGCGCAGGGAGGAAAGGAAACAACGAGAAAUGCGGCUCCAAGGGAAUCCAGUCUAGUUCGGACGAAACCGGACGCAAACUUGUCACCUACCGGAAUGACAACUGCUCUCUGAACUGGAACCCGUGGGGGAAACAUGCCAUCCACGAAGUGAACAACAUCAGCUUCACUCAUUUGUCCUGUGAUAACCAGGCUGCCGUGAUGGUCCACUGGAUGCCAAGUCCCCUCGGUAUUGAGCAUGUAAAGGGAUUUCGUAUUUACCUCGAGGACAAGAAUCCAGAGGGGAAACAGUGCCAGCACAUGAUCCUCAAGGACCCGCGACAGCUCAAUUUCUCCUUCAAGAAUGUCAAGCUGAGCUCACAACCGUUCGUUGGUUUGGCCUUCGAGACGGACUACAUGGUCCGGAUAGUUCCAUUUCCUACUUUCAUGAACGACAGCUUCUUCCCCCCUUCCUUCCUGCACACUAACAGUUGCGAAGUGCUUCUUGGCCCGGAUAACCUCGUCUGCAAGCCAUUCUGGAAGCCCAAGACGCUGAACGUCUCGCAGCUCGGCUCCAACCUGCAUGUCGUUUUCGAUCAUGCUCCUCCCACUUUUGGCUUCAACACCUACUACCUGUACUACAAGCUUCGACAGGAGAGCCACUUCAAGCUCAAACGCUGCAAACCGGAGCUGAAUGGCCCUAAAACAACCUGCGUUCUGCAAGAUGUUGCUCCGGGAACAUACGUGAUUGAGCUCCGUGAUGACCAGAAUAACACCAGGAGACAGGCUCAGUAUCAUGUAAGCCAAGUGCACUCUCCGUGGGCUGGACCCAUCCGUGCCAUGGCCAUCACGGUGCCUCUGGUCAUAAUGUCCGCCUUUGCCACUCUCUUUACAGUCAUGUGCCGCAAGAAACAGCAAGAGAACAUCUACUCCCACCUGGACGAAGAAAUCUCCGAGACGUCCUCGCACACCACCGCUUUGAGCACAGAGAGACCGUGGCCUCGGCCCAAAGUCUUCAUCUGCUACUCCACUAAAGACUGCCCCAAACAUCUCACGGUCAUCCAGAGCUUCGCCUUCUUCCUGCAGGACUUCUGCGGCUGUUCGGUUGUUCUGGAUCUGUGGGAGCAUCUGGAAAUCUGUAAGGAAGGUCAGAUGUCAUGGUUGAGCCGGCACAUAGACGAGGCUCACUUCCUCAUCACUAUUUGCUCCAAAGGAUUUAAAUACUUCGUAGAGAAAAAGCACCGCAAAGGCAAGGCCACGUCGAAGGAAAAAAACAAAGAGCUGGCUAUACCAGACCUGAGCAGCAACGACCUCUUUGUCGUAGCCGCCGCCAUGAUCAGCGAGAAGCUGCGCGAGGCUCAGCAGGGCUCGGGUGACCUCUCGCGCUUCAUGGCCGUGUACUUCGACUACUCGCGUGACAGCGACGUGCCCGCCUCGCUUUCUCUAGCACCCCGCUUCAAGCUGAUGGACCAGCUGCCUGAGCUGCUGGCGCGGCUGCACUCGCGUCAGCUCGGCAUCCCCGCCGUCAGCAAACGCAACUAUUUCCGCAGCAAGGCGGGCCGCUCGCUUUACGUCGCCAUCUGCAACAUGCACCAGCACAUCAGCCAUGAACCCGACUGGUUUGAGCGGCAGCUCAUGCCUCCUGUUUCCGCUCCCAUCCCACACAAGCGCGAGAAACCCGACUCGGGGCUCGUGCUCAACGAAGUGGUUCUGAAACGGCCUUUGGAGAACGAGCUUCCCGGCAUGAACAUUCUCAUCCCGCCCACGAUGCCAAAUCCAGGCACUUUCAUGCUCUCCAGCGUGGCAUCGGGUUCAGCACAGGAGGAAAUGGGGGAAAGUUCCUCACAGUCAUCAUCAGGUCAGGAGGCAGGUGCGUUACCAAGUACCCUAUGCCAUAGAGACGGCUCAGCGAGCCCUUCAGAAAUGCCCAGAGACUCUGGAAUCUAUGAUUCAUCAGUGCCAUCUUCAGAGCUGUCAAUCCCACUGAUGGAGGGACUUUCACCAGACCUGGCGGACUCGUCUUCCUUGACAGAAAGCGUGUCGUCUUCCUCGGGUUUAGGUGAUGAGGAACCGCCUGCUGUUAGCUCGCUACAUUGCACCACACCCACUAUCUGUAAGGCAGAGCUUCAUCACAUUGUGGAGCCGUGUGAAGGACUUGUAGCACCAGGCUCCCCCUAGUGGCGGUUUUCCUUGCUGCGCAUCGCCACUUUACUGCAUCGUUUAUCACAUGACUCAUCACAAGCCUUAAUUCCUGCGUGUCCCACGUAGACAUGAAGAAGCCUGUGGUUUUCUUCAUGGAAACAUCAGGAGACGUCGGGACGGGUACGCCGUCUAACCAAAGCAGCUGCGAACUCUCGAGUCCAGCCUUUUUCGUUAGCAUGAAGCAUUAGAGUAGGUUGAACAGAAAGCGGGGUUUUAUCAGAACAAUCACGUAACCAAGUGCUCUAUACCACAUCAUCAGGCGGAGUUUACAGCACAGGAGCAUGUGCGGACAACCAUAUUGUCAAUUUGGAACUUGGCAAACUUUUAUAAAACAUUUUAUUUAUUGAUUGUGUAUUAACUUUUAUCAUGGUUUCUUAGUAGACUUCACAAAUAUUUUAAUUACUUUUGGUCAGUUUUGGUCUUUCUCUGUUUUUUUAAACUAAAAGUUAAUUGCAUUCAUGCAUACAUUGCAUUCACCUACCAUUUGAGUUUCAGAACAAAAGUUGUUCAUUAAUCAGCAUUAAUUAAUGAAUUAAUUGAUGAUAAAGGAAAAAUGAAAUAACUGACAAGAUUCCGAUUUGUCAAUUUGCAGAAUGUUUAUUUUUGUACAGCUUUUAUUUAGAAUGAUAG